UUGGAGCAGUAGAUUCAUUCAAGUCUUUAACUUUCUCUCCAAUCUAAUUAACUAAUUGUGUGUUGUGUGAAACAUCAAACUUCCAAUUAACCAUCAAAAUGAAAUUCUCACUCGCCUUGAUCGCCCUUUUCUGUGUCUCAGCAAUUAACGCUAAGGCCAUCAAAGAACCAAGCCCAUUUGUCCAAGCCAUCGUCAACUUUGUCGAAGGAUUAGUCAAGAAUGUUGAGAAAAACAUUCCCGAUUGGGAUGCAUCAGCUUCACUCGAGAAAAACGUGUUGACCGUUGUUGACAAACCUUUAGAAUCUGGUGUCUUCCCAGGCUGGAAACCCGAUGCUACCAUCAAAGACAACCUUGUUAACGCUCUUGAAUCAUACAUCCGAUCACUCAAAAUCCAAAACUUCGAUGAAACCAAGACCGUCGCUGAAAACGCCAACGUUGUUGUUGCCGAUUUCCUAAACUCAAUUCCCUUCCCAUCAUGGAUCCCAAAAGAAAACAUCCAAAAGCAAAUUGUCGACAAUCUUCUUGCUGCUCUUAAGAACAUCAAAGUCGCUGGAUUCGAUGUCAACAAGUCCGUUGACGACGAUGUUGUCGCCUGGGUUGACGCUUCAAUCGCUGGAUCUAAAGUAGACCCAUCAGCCACUUUGGAAGACGCUGUUAACGCUGCAGUUAAAAACGCUCUUGCCCAAGUCAAAUUACCAGGAUUCAGUCCAUCAAAGACCCUCGAAGAAAAUGUUGCCGAAAUUCUCGAAAACCUUUUACCCUUCUAAAUUAUUUCCAAUCUAUUUAAUUAUAAUUUACUCAACUAAGUUAUUCUAAGAAAAUGUGAAAUUAGAUUAAAAUAACAAGCAUAAAAAACAA